AUGCAAGAACAAGCCACCAGUUCAGCUGCAGCCAAUUCUCUGCCUUCAAGCAGCGAGAGAUCUUCCAGCUCCGCGCUUCAGCUCGAGGUCAAGGAAGGUAUGGAGAGUGACGAGGAGAUCAGGAGAGUGCCGGAGUUCGGUGGGGAGCGGGCGGCGACGUCAGGUUCGGGUCGGAACGCGGCGGUGGUUUCAGGGAUGGAGCGGGCUCAUCAGGGUCCCGGAGAAGGGACGAGGAAGCGAGGGAGAAGCCCUGCGGAUAAAGAGAACAAGCGACUCAAACGGUUGUUGAGGAACAGAGUUUCGGCGCAGCAAGCCAGGGAGAGGAAGAAAGCGUAUCUUAGCGAGCUGGAGACGAGGGUUAAGGACCUGGAGAAGAAGAACUCGGAGCUCGAUGAGCGCCUCUCCACUUUGCAGAAUGAGAAUCAGAUGCUCAGACAUGUAAGUUGCCUUCUACCCUCUGCAUCUCUUUCUCUCUUCUAUUAA